AUGUCUCCAGAGUAUGCUAUGGAGGUGUUAUAUUCAGUGAAAUCUGAUGUUUUCAGCUUUGGAGUUCUUUUAUUAGAGAUAAUUUGUGGACAAAGAAAUAAUGGAUUCUAUCUUGGAGAACACGGUCAAAGUCUUCUUAUAUAUAGUUGGAAUCUUUGGCAUGAAGGAAAAAGUUUGGAACUGUUAGAUCCAACAUUGGAAAAGACAUACAUAGCCAAUGAAGUUGUAAGGUGCAUACACAUUGGUUUGUUGUGCGUACAAGAAGAUGCAAUUGAUAGACCAACCAUGUCCAGUGUUGUUGUCAUGCUUGCAAGUGAUACAAUGGCACUUCCCAAUCCUAAUCAUCCUGCAUUUUCAGUUGGAAGAAAAGUAAGGGAAGAUGAAUCAACUUCAAAAACUUCCAAUGAUCCUUCUGUUAAUGAAGUUACAGUAUCAAAUGUUUUCCCUAGGUAG